CCCGGAAGCUGUGUCUGUGUGAUGGUAAUAGCAUGGCUAACACCCUGGUUUUAAGGUAUUGUAAGGUAAUGUAAUGUAAUGUAAUGUAAUGAUUUUGUAAUAAGGUCGGCUGAGGCAGGGCGUCUCCUCUGCCACACCAUGUCCACCAGGAGAUGCUGUCUGCUUUCAGAAAUAGAAAGAAAACAUCAUACCGGAAGUGUCUAGUCGACAUGUGCAGCUUCAAAACAACACCACCACGUUCUUUUUUAGACCUUUUCCAGAAGUCGCGUCUGUCAUCGACAUUGAUGACAUUUUCAGCACUGAUUUAAUAUUGCGAAAAGGUUUUGUAGGUCAUUUCCUAGAACUGUAGUUAUAAUGCGUUGUUUUAGUCUCUCUCGUUUCCCAGUGACGAGGUUAGUGGCAGAGUUAGCUGGCUAACGGUAGCUAGCUAGUUCGCUACAUAGCUAGGCUACUAGCUAACCAUUAUCAUGUCAACCAUAAGGUAUUGUAUGUUAGGUAACAAUAUAGUUACACGUUUAUUCCCAAAAAGGACCUAUUCAUGGUGUGUACAGUUGAAGCAUCAGCAGCUGUACUCCGCAGAAAACUGGCUUAAGUUACCAACAUGUUAUAACUGUCAUAAGAGAUCACAUCAUGUCAAUCAAUCAUCACAUCAGCAUAUCUCACAAUAUGGGCUUCAACAUCACAGAGAUACAACACUGUCAUGGCAGACAUCUAUCCCCUUACAACACAGAGGCUUUUCACUGUCAACAUACCAGCAGAAAAUUAGGGAUGACAAUCAUACCCCAGGACAUGAAAGCCUGGGCAAGGAGGAGGAAGAUUAUAUAGAUGACAGUGAGAUAGAUGAGCUGUUUCAGCACCAGAUCCCUAUGGUCGGAGAGGGAGACCACCGCAUCUUCAUCGUCCAUCCUGAUGUGAAAUGGGGAAGCAGGAAGCAGUACCUGACCACAGCUAAUCUGAUGAUGGAGGAGGCAGUGGGUUUGGUCAACACUCUACAGAACUGGAGUGUCAUCGAUAAGGUCAUCCUCUCCACCAAGACACCAGAGAAGAAGAUGAUUUUUGGCAAAGGCAACUUCCAGACGCUCACAGAGAGAAUCAGAAGAACUCCGGGAAUAACUGCUGUGUUUGUCAACGUGGAGCGUCUGUCCCCUGCCUCAGAGAAAGAGUUUGAGGAGGCAUGGGGGGUGAAGGUGUUUGACAGAUACUCUGUGGUUCUCCACAUCUUUCGCUGUAAUGCCAGAACCAAGGAAGCCAAACUACAGGUCUCCCUGGCUGAGAUUCCACUGCUCAGAUCCCGCUUGAGAAAUGAAGUGGCCAACUUGGACCAGCAGGGUGGAGGCUCCAGGUACAUUAUGGGUUCAGGUGAGACGCUGAUGGAGGUACAGCAGAGAGUGUUGCAGGAGAGAAAGCUGAAGAUCUGUUCUGCUCUGGAACAUCUGAGGAGGAAGAGACACCUACUCCGCUCCCAACGCAAACACAGAGACUUCCCCAUCAUCUCAGUUAUGGGCUAUACCAACUGUGGUAAGACGACUCUGAUCAAGGCGUUGACUGGCGACGCGGCCCUGCAGCCUAGAGAUCAGCUGUUCGCCACGCUGGACGUCACGGUGCACGCCGGCACGCUGCCUAGUCACAUGUCUGUGCUUUAUGUGGAUACCAUCGGCUUCCUGUCUCAGCUUCCCCACCAGCUCAUAGACUCCUUCUCCGCUACGCUGGAGGACGUCACUCACUCUGACUUGAUAGUCCAUGUGAGAGACAUCAGCCACCCAGAGACUGUGAACCAGAAGGAGAAUGUGUUGAAUGUCUUGAGGAACCUUCAGAUCCCAGACAGACUGCUGAGCUCCAUCGUAGAAGUCCAUAAUAAGAUAGAUCUGGUGGACAGCUAUGAGCCCUCUGAGCCCAACAACCUGCCUAUCUCUGCUCUGAGAGGACAGGGUCUGGAGGAGCUGAAGAUAGUAGUAGAAGAAGCUAUAGUGAGAUCUACAGGGAAACAGGUCCUGACUCUCCCUGUCGACCUCAGCAGCUCCCAGUUAAGGUAAGGUCAAAGCUGGCUGUACAAGGAGGCAACGGUUCAGGAAGUGGACGUUAACCCUGAUGAAGGUUCCGCUGUCGUCAAGGUGAUCAUCAGUGCUGCUGCGUACGGACGCUACAGGAAGAUGUUCCAACUUGGGGUAGUUAGUUAGAAACACUACAGGUCUACACCAAUGACGUAUGUCUACACCCUGGAUGAUUGACAGGAGGCUUUAUCGAAGCCACCGCGCAGCCAUAGAAAUGCAUUUAUUAAUGUCUACAUUAGUUUGCAACAUUUAUUAUAUUACAGACACCUUAAUGCGUACUUCAAUGUUUUAUGUUAGCUUAACGUACAAAUAAAAACAUUUUCCUUAA